UUGAAGAGAAAGACAGAGAGAGAGAGAAAGAGAGAGAGAAAAAAAGUGGGGUUCUGGAGGGGGUGGUAAAGUUUUGUGGGCAAAAAAAAACUUUGGUAAAAGUUAUAAACAAGUUAGAAAAGUUUUAGGAAACUGCGUGUGUGUGUGUGUGUGUGUGUGAAAAAUAUUGCUUCUUCCCCCCCCCCCCACCAAAAAAAAGGGUGUGAAAGAUUUUAGUAAGUGUGGGGUUGGUGGAGUGGGGGAGUUGAGAGAGAAAUUGAACUUGGAAAAGAAGUGAAAAGUCACUUUUUUUUGUGGGGAGGGGAAGGAGGAGGAGAGUGGAGUGGGGUGGGGGGGGUCACUUUUUUUUGUUUGUGCUGUUGGUUGUUUGAGUCAGUAGGAUGCAGAGAUGAGUCUGUUUCAUCCUUGUUGAGUUGCAGGAGAUGAAAUGGACCAAAACCCUUGUUGCAUUGCAGAGGUUAACAAGUGUUAGAUACGUUUAGGGGAAGGGAGGUGGGAGGCAGAUAGAUAGAUAGAUAAAUAGAUAGAUAGAUAGAGUUGCUGCUGCUGGGGGUGGGAGUGGGGGCUGCUGGUGUUUGAGAUGAAGUUGCCUGGGCUUUUGGUGCUAGUUUCCUUGUUGGACAUUUGCGAAUCUAAGUUCACUUAUCCUCUGAUCGCCUCUUACCACCACCAUCGCCACCGACCGCAAGGCGAGGAGCUGGGCAAACGAGAGGAUGUGCUCGGGGGCAUCUCACUGGCCUCCCAGGACUCAACAGCAUCGGCUGCUGCAUCGGCAACAACUGGUAAUGGAGCAGUCAGCUUCUUGAACAUGGUCGACAAUUUACGAGGAGAUAUUGGCAGAGGUUAUUACCUGGAGAUGGACAUAGGCACCCCACCACAGAAGAUGAACAUCCUGGUAGACACAGGAAGCAGUAACUUCGCAGUGGCUGGAGCACCUGAUCCCAACGUUGAGGUUUACUUCCACUCAAAGCUGUCCAGCACCUACCAGGACUCUGAUGCCCUGGUGACCGUCAAAUACACCCAAGGCAGCUGGGUGGGGAACCUGGGCUCCGAUCUCAUCACCAUCCCAAAGGGACCCAACCACACCAUCACCGUCAACAUCGCCACCAUUGUUGAGUCCGAAGACUUCUUCUUGCCCGGAGUGAGAUGGCAAGGCAUCCUCGGCUUGGCGUACAGUAUCUUAUCCAAACCGUCCAGCUCGGUGGAGCCUUUCUUCGACUCACUGGUGAAGCAGACGGAGACCUCGGAUGUGUUCUCGCUGCAGAUGUGUGGCGCUGGGCUAACGCUGAACUCGGAGGAGCAGGGCAACUUGGCGGGAGGCAGCCUGAUCCUGGGUGGGAUUGAACCCAGUCUUUAUAAGGGGAAAAUUUGGUAUACCCCCAUCAAGCAACAAUGGUAUUACCAAAUCGAGAUCCUCAAACUAGAAGUGGGGGGUCAGAAUUUGAACCUGGAUUGCAAAGAGUAUAACACUGAUAAAGCCAUCGUGGACAGUGGCACAACACUCCUCCGCCUACCAAUAAAAGUGUUUGGUGCGGUCGUAUCAGCCAUUAAGCGGGCCUCUCUGAUUGAGGGGUUUGUUGAUGGUUUCUGGUUGGGAAACCAGCUGGGGUGCUGGGCCAAGGGCAUCGAGCCUUGGUCCUUCUUCCCCAAGAUCUCCAUCUAUCUCCGCGGUGAGAACUCGAGCGAGUCCUUCAGCAUCACCAUAGCGCCGCAGUUGUAUAUCCAGCCUGUGGCAGACAUGGGGCUACAGGGGGAAUGCUACAGGUUUGGGAUUUCCUCCUCCUCUAACGGCCUGGUUCUGGGAGCCAUCUUGAUGGAGGGUUUUUACGUCAUCUUCGACCGCGAGAAAAGCCGGGUCGGGUUCGCCACCAGCUCGUGCGCAGAGAUUGUCGGAUCUGCCGUCUCGGAGGUGGCGGGGCCGUUCUUGACCGGGGACGUCUCCAGAAACUGCAUCGACACCAGCCCGAAGGUGGAGCCCUCGCUGUGGAUCGUUUCCUACGUCCUCAUCAGCAUUUGCGGCCUCAGCCUCCUGGUCUCCUUCAUCCUCCUCAUCCUCCCCUGCGAUCGGUCGAACGGCAACGGGCUGACGGACGACUCCUCGCUCAUAAGGCACCGCUGGAAAUGAUGCCGAAUUAUCUCCUCAGCUCCCGUCCCCACAACCCCCCCUCUCUCACCCCAUCCCACCCUAUCCCCCGCUCCUCUCCCAGAGCGUGGGUAACAGGACUUUGUUACCUCUGUACUCAUUCAUUCAUACAUUCCUUCUUUGUUUGUCUGUUCGUAUUUGGUGUACGUUUGACCCAACAAGGGACCCGUCAUGAAGGAAAUGUGAAGACAUUCACGACUUGAAGCUGUCAAUGUUGUGCUCCUGGGAGCUGACUCCUUUGAGCUGGGUUAAAUGCCGAGCAGAUGAAUUGGCCCCGUAACCCUACCGGUUAACCGCCAAUUUGCUCAAAGUAUCCCGAUCCUCUCCGCAUUGCUCCGCUUCAUGUCUGUCCCACUACUGUUUCGAAGUGGCCGCUGAGCAGAUAGAUUUUGUGCGCGUGGUGUGUUGUGCAUAGGUUCCACCUCAGCCACUGUUGCACAGAGCUAUCAGCUCAGUUUGGUGGGUGUUGGUCACUCGUCUCUCCCUCCCACACCCCCCCCCCAAUUGGUCAUUUCCUUCACAGCUGGUUGUGGGGACAUUGCUGUGUGCAUAUUUGGCUGCCUCGUUCACCAACAAAACACACAGUCACUACACCGCAUUGCAGUAAAAUCCCGUGAAGUACUUUGAGGCAUUCUCCCUGUGACGCUGUAUCCAAUGCCAGGAUCAUUAUUUAUGACAUUAACGCUAUUUGAGUGAUGGAAGUGUUGCCCCUCCUCCUAACACAGGUCCACAGGUGUACACGAUUGGCCUGAAUACAUGACUCCUAUCAAUACUCAGUGCUUUUACACAAAGGUGUGAGCCUGGCUCAGUCAGGAGCGCUCUCGUCUCUUAAGUCAGAAGUUUGUGUGUUCAAGCCCAGUGUCUGGACUUGAAACAUUUAGUGUAGACCGACACUAAUCCAAGCACUGUGUUGCAAUGUGCUGCAUUGUCCGAGGUCCCUUCCUUCGAACGAGACAUUAAAACAUGGUUCCGCCUGCCUAUCCAGGUGGACAUUACAGGUCCCAGGAUACUUUUUCAAAAGAGAGAGGAGUUUCUCUUUCUCUCGCUCUCCUGGUGUCCAGGCCGACAAUCCCAUGAGACAAAAUUAAUCACUCGCCGCAGCGAUUUGUGGGGACAUUGCUGAGUGCAAAUUGGCUGCUACGUUCGCCCUCAAAAUAGACACUGUCACUGCACUUUAUGGUAUAUUCCUGUGAAGCGCUUUGAAAUGUACUCCUGAAUUGAAAGGCGCUAGACCAAAUGUAAGGAUGAUUAUUAUUAUUAUUAUUAUUAUUAGCUGUACUUUAUUUUAGCAUUUAAAAGUUCUAGAACUAAAGUAGGUCUCUUAAAGAGAGUGGAUUAUUGUCUUGAAAAUGUCAUAUUUGUGCAGUGGUGGAGCUUUGAAAGCACUUUAGGACAAAAGAGGCAAAGUUUGUCUUUUUUUUUGCCUGCGAAAAAAGAUCUUAUAGGGUGAUAAGUUUCCAUUUUAAAAAAGAAUCUGCACGCUAUUUUCAAAGGCGGUGUUUAUCUACAAAAAAAUAGUCACUACACAUUACGAUAUAUUCCCGUGAAGCUCUGUAAGACAUCCUCCAGACGUAAAAGGAGCCCUAUCAAAUGUAAUAAUAUCAAUGAAGGAUUAUUAUUAUAAGUAUGAUAUGAAGUGAAAUAUUCUUCUCUCUGAAGUUCUUUUUUCUUUCCCUGAAGCCAAUGGUCAUACAUUAUAGAGUAUAACUGACCUAUCUCUUUCCAAGGGUUGUCGUGGUAACUGGACAGUGAUGAAUUAAAUAUAUGUAAAGAGCCUUCAGUUCUGUUCUGUAAAAUGCAACAAAAUAAAGUUAUUUUGAGCAAUAAACAGACUCUACGUUGUUAAAAACUGAGAAUAA